AUGGCUUAUCUAUGGUUGUGUAAGACUCCAGUAACCUCAAUAAUAAGUCAAUGUAGACACAGUAGUGCUACUAUUUGCGCAUUUUUGGGCUAUUUCCGCCAACUUGUGGCGGAUGCUUUAGAAACCGAAGAAUGUGUUAUCGGCAGUGUAGAAAAGACGGAGGAAAGACGCGUUUCCGCCGUUCCUGUUGAAAAACGAGACAGUGAAACGCUUCUUGACGUCAUUAAGAAGCACGUCAAACUUGGUUCCAUCAUCCACACUGAUUUUUGGCGAGGUUACGAAAGAAUUGAGAAAAAAUUGGGAUUCAAGCACUGUACGGUAAACCACAGUGUAAGUUUUAAGGAUCCAGACACUGGUAUUCAUACAAAUACCAUAGAAAGAACGUGA